UAAUAAUAAAAAUAUGGGUUAGCCACUAUCUCAAAUACAAGGACAGAAAGAGAGCAGCGGAUAGAGAGCAAAUGUCGUAAAACAUGAGCUGAAUGUGCUCAUCCCGUUUUUCAGCAGGCAGCAGCAGACAACUUACCUUUCCCAGAGAUUGAACCGUUGGAUCGUCGUAAUUUUUGGACAGGAGCUUCACAGCAUCUGGGCCAACAUUCUGGACGGUGGAGAUCGGGUUUUGAGGUCUGGAGAUUGGGUUUCGUUGGUCUGGACAGUAGCUAUUUUUCUGGUGAUAUAUUUCUUAUCUUGGCUCUAUUUUGAUUCCAUACACCUUGAUGUGCUUACUUCCAAGGAUAUGAUGAUUUUGUAUGCCUCUAGUAUUAUCUAGAGAAGACUUUGUACUGCUCCUUUGAUGAUGAUAGUGGAUUUAAGCGGCCAAAAUGGUCUCAUGGUUUUUCCUUAGUUAACGGGUUUUCCACACUAAAAUCUCGGUGUUUUGUGUGGUGUGUGCUUACUGUUUUAGCUGAUUAUAUUGGUGUGUGGCAGCAAUAUUGUGUGUGUUCUAAUUACAUUAAGAACACCCUAUUUGUUUGCAUCCUCAAAAGUUCGUUCAAAUUGGGGAAAGUUUAGUCAAACGGAGAUUAGUUCCGCAUUUUAUUAGUUCCAUUUGUGGCUGUUUUUCCCAUCAUUUGUAAUCCUGACAAUUGGAAGCAUAUAGAAUUCCACACAAGCCCAACCUGGAUUUCAUUCGGCUCCGUGCCUCUCUUCGGCGCAUCUAUCAACCCAACCAGGGUAGAUAAGUGGAAUUGUUAGAACAAUGGAAGAUGCAGUCUCAUUGCAGUCUAAUCACGAAGAUAUCAUUGCGGGAGUACAAAGUCAAUUUAUCACAAAGCCAAUGAAAACGGAUGGUGAAAACUAUCACAGCGGAGGUUUCUAUGGUCAUGUUUCUUAUUCGAGUCUUUUUGAUGAUCCAGCAUUGAACGUAAGAUUACCUGGCACAAGGAAUUAUCCGCUUCAGGAUCUCAUGGAAGAAAAGAAUACUCUAUUAUAUGAAAGGAUUGUUUCUCUAAGCAAAAUGUCCCUUGAUUUUUACGAGAAAAAUCAUGUAUGUCACGUUUCUUUCCUCUUGUAAACUUGCAUCUUAAAAAUGAUACUAAUGACCAAAUUGUUUCUAUAGUGCUGAUCAUAUCCUUCUACUCAAUUUGUAGCCAGGGGAAUAUAAUUCCUAAAAUCCUAGACAAGGUGUUCAUGUCACGUUUAUUUUCGUGAUAAUGGUUAGUACCACAAAGGUGUGGAAUUUAAUUAUUCUUCUCAAGUGUGUAGUAUUUCAAGUAUUUGUAUCAUGCAUGAUCCGUUUCAAACAUAUGUACACCUGAAUGAAAUACGUAGUAGUAAGAUUCAUAAGUUAAAUUAUUUAAUACAAAAGUAAUUAUUAUUUCUA